AUGGCUGAGCAAUUGUUGGAACAAGCCCGGGAUCUUUUCGAGGGGCAAAUUGACUUUGAGGGCCAGAAAUUAGUCGAGCUUCUCGUCAAUGCGGCCUUGACGCUCGUCGGAGCGAUCGCGUUCCUCGUCGGCUACUUCCUUCAAGAUAUCAAGCUCGCUGUUUACAUAGGCCUGGUUGGCACUGCCGCAGUCUUCGCCCUCGUCGUUCCGCCCUGGCCCUUCUUCAACCGAAACCCCGUAAAAUGGCUUCCAGUUGGGGGAGUUACACCGCCAGCGAACCUGGUGAUCGAUGAUAAGAUGUUUAGAUGA